CCACCACUUCUCUUUCUCUAUAUAUUUGUGUUCUGUGCCCUAUAUAUUUGUGUUUGGGUUAUGUGCCCUAGACGAAAAUUUUUGAUAUUUCUAAAAUUGAUGAAUUGAUGAUACACCAUACACCUACACAGAAAAGAGUGAAAUAAAAGCCAUACACGAUUCACGUAUUUAACGGGUUUGUUGUGUGGUUUUUUGUUUUUAAUUUUAAGUCAAUCGGAAUAUUUGGUAUUUAAAUUCCGUCAAAUUUUAAGAAUUUUAGACUCUGAUAUACAUUCAUUUGGUCUACAAAAAUUUGCAGACUCCUGCAUGAGGAAAAUAGAUUCUGGGAUCCUAGGUGCUGUAGAAUGAAUGAGGAAGGUUUAAAAACCCUUCUGGCUACCACAGCUUCCAUUUGCACUAUUUUGCAGUUUCUGUCUGGAAUGUAUAGCAAGCUUUCAUAGAAUAAACAAAAUGCAGCAGUUCUUAUGAACAACAAUGGUGUACAGCAUAGCUGAACAUGUAGACAUUAUUUUUAUUAAUGGUUCCCAGUACAUAUAGAGAACCCACAUGUGUUUAGAGAAGGGCAUACUCAGUACCCACAAAAAAUUAAUGUUUGAGCUGGAAGAAGUUUUAGGGGAAAUGACAGACAUGCAUGUAAUGUAUGCACGUGCUUACAGUAAUUGUUAUGCAGCGAGACGCCUGUAUGCAGAAGCGUUUCCUCAACGGCAACUUGCAGAUAGUAAAACCUUUGAAAGUGUAGACCGUAGAUUGCGGGAAAGAGGAAGUUUUAAAAUUCCCACCAAUGAUAGAGGCCGGCCGAGGUCCGUAAGAACUCAUGAGUUUCAGGAGGCAGUUUUACGUGCCGUGGAACAAAAACCUGGUGUAAGUACCAGGACUAUAGCAGCUCGAUUAGGGGAUAAUCAUUCCAACAGCACUGUGUGGCCGGUUCUUCCCCGUUUGCAGUUUUGCCAAUGCAUUACCUGCCAGAAAAUUGUGAUCAAUAAAAGUUCAGGUGAAAUAUCAUCAUUUCCGUUUGUCAGUGGAUGUUUAUCAACUUCCCUGUGGUUGCGCUAUGGAUUUCUUAUUGAAGACACCUCUAUUAUUCUAGUGAACACCAUUGGAGUAUCACUGUUUACGUCCUAUGUGGUUGUGUUUCUCCUAUACAGUAUUAAGAAGACUCAUGUAUUGCGUCAGUUCCUAUUUUGUCUACUAGUUCUUACAUUAGUUUUAAUGAGAGUGCAUCGAAUUCUGGAACUGGACAUCGCAAGGAAUUUUUUGGGAAAAGUGUGUUUGGCGGUUACCAUACUAUUUUUUGCUGCCCCUUUUGCUUCUCUGCUAGAGGUGUUUAAAGUAAAAAGUACAGAAAGUUUGCCAUAUCACCUAAUAGUAUCUACAUUUAUUGUGAGCCUACAGUGGAUGAUAUAUGGUAUACUACUAAAUGACAAAUUUAUUCAGAUUCCAAAUUUGUUGGGUUGCAUCCUCUCAGCAAUUCAACUUAGCCUAUUUUUAAUCUAUCCCAGUAAAACUAGUUCUAGCAUCUAUUCAAACAUUUAAAUAUGUGCAGUUAAAAAGAACUCCAUAGCACCAGAAAGAAGAAAAAUAUCAAACUUUCUUACUUAUAUAUAGAUAUAUAUAUUAUAUAUGUAAACUUUGGCUGUAAAGAAAUACAAAAUAAUUAAUUGUCUUAUUA